AUGGCAGAUCAGCAAUCAAACGGCCUGGAAAGUGAGACUGCCCCAAAGGAUGCAGGAGAAUCGAUGAAUUCUGCAGCUUUCUUCAAAAAGAAAGAGGAAAAGAAACCCCAAGAGGAUGUGGCCAUGACAGAUGGGGAGACAAUGAAGGAAGAAGAGAAGCUUACUCUCAUGGAAGAGCUCCACCAGUCUGAAAGCAACUCUAGCUCGUCUAGUGAUGAAGAAGAUGGAGAAGGAGAAAAGAAAAAGAAGAAGAAGAAGAAAGGGUUAAAGGAAAAAAUAUUUGGCGAAAAGGAAGAGGGCAAUAGGAACCGUAAAGACACAAUCACUCCGGUUGCGAAUGACAAUGAAGUAGCAAAUGCAGAAGCAACCAACCCAGAGGAGAAGAAAGGAUUUAUAGAGAAAAUCAAAGAAAGACUUCCAGGAAAGCACAAGAAGGCAGAAGAGGGUGGUUCUGCAGCGUGUGCUGCAAAUGAGCAUUCCCCUGAAGGUGAGGCUAAGGAGAAGAAAGGAAUCUUGGAGAAAAUCAAGGAGAAGCUGCCAGGGUGCCAGAAGAAUGAAGAGAAGAAGGAAAAGCAAAAACAAAAAGAAACAAAC